AUGACUCGACCCAUAAUAGAGGAAGCCGCGAUGGGGCUGUUCAGCAGCUCGAGCUUCUCCGGACGGAAUCUAGCGAUCGCCGAUCUGGGAUGCGCUUCGGGACCCAACACUCUUUUCACUGUGUCAGAACUCAUCAAAGCACUAGACAAAGCAAGCAGGAAGUUAGGUCACGUAUCUCUCGAGUUUCAGGUUUUCCUGAAUGACCUCCCUGGAAAUGACUUCAACAAUGUCUUCAGAUCCUUGCACGGGUCCACAGAAGAGAUGAAGCAGGAACUGGGGAUCGAGCUACCGAUGUUCUUCAAUGGAGUGCCUGGGUCUUUCUACGGCAAGCUUUUCCCAUCCGACAGUCUUCACUUCAUUCACUCGUCCUACAGCCUCCAUUGGCUAUCACGGGUUCCUCCAGGAUUGGAAGAGAUGAAUAAGGGAAACAUUUCCAUCGGGAGCAGCAGCCCACCAGGUGUCUUGAAAGCCUACUACACUCAAUUCCAGACAGAUUUCUCCUUCUUUCUGAGCUGCAGGGCGCAAGAACUGGUGCGAGGAGGGCAAAUUAUUUUUACAUUAUUGGGAAGGAAGUCUCAAGGCCCAUCCACCACGCCAAGCAUUCAUCUCCUCGAACUCUUGUUUGUCGUCCUCAACCAAAUGGCCUCUGAGGUAAGGUGA